AUGCUGCGCCUAGCGCUUUGGAUACCGGCUGCAGCUUUUGCCUUGGAGACUGGGAAGCAGUUCCCUCGCCAUGAGGUGCUGGCGGAGUACGACUCAAUGCUGUCGCUGAUGGUUUUCCCGACAAGCGCCCAACAGGCGACGGAAUUAGACACCGCCUUCCAAGCCGUGGCGGGCACAGAGGACGAGUUCCACAUCCACGGUGCCAACGUGUCUUUCUGGGGUGAGCCUGUGGUCCUAAAAUACGCGCAUUAUGGCGGCAAGCUGGGUGCAGCGGAUGCUGGGAUCUCCUCCACAGGCUUGGCUGCCGCCCUCAUAAGCGUGACGGAUAAUUUCACAGUGGAAAAGGUCUGGGAACAUGCCCCCGUACGAAAUUUCGCAAAGCAGACCCUGGACUUCAUCCUCAAGACCUACCACAGCGAGGAGAAGGAGCAGGACGAACUUUGA